AUGCAGACCACCGACGACGAGUUCAGCUCGCUAAAGUGCCGCUACGCCAGCAAGCGCUGCUGGAACCUGCGCGCCAUCAAGCGCAACGGCGAGCGCCACAACCUGUGCGAGAUGCACCGCCAGAAGGCCAACAGCAACCAGCGGCGGCUGGACAAGAAGCGCAAGGCCGGCCAGGCCGCGCUCGGUCUGCCCAACCACCCGCUGCACGCGGGCACCAACGGCUACCCGGACUUUGAGCGCCGCAUGCGCAUGCGCGCCUCGAUCGCCAUGAAGCUGGAGCACGAGCUGGGCGCCGUGCCGCUCACGACGCAGUACAUCCGACCGCCCCGCGUCGCUGCCAGCCCGUCACUUGUGGAGUUGCAGCGGGCAGCAGGGCUCGUGGCCAUGGGCAACGGAGCCCCCACCUACUGUACCCAAGCGGACUCAUGGCACAGCGAGUCGAGCCGGCUGCCCUCUACCGCGUGGGUGAACGCGUCGUACCCGCGUAGCCCUCGUGCUAUGCUUCGCGCGGAAGCGGCCCCUACCAUGCUGCUGCCGCCCAUUGCCACUGCGGUGGCGCGCUCGGGCGAGGGGCUCGUGAGCUCCGCGACGCUGCAGAGCUCGUGGCAGCCGGACGUCCGACGAGCACCCACGCUCGUCACCCGCGCCAACAUUUAG